AUGACGACAAUUCUUUCUGCAGUCUCCAAGCUGAGAGGAUGUGUUAACCAAAUUGAAAAUAAAAAAUCCCAACGGUGCUUCCGAACAAGACAUUUUAAACCAAGCGAAGAUGUAUUGACACAAGAUGUCAAAUACAAGAAAGGGUUCAAAUUUGAUCACGUCUGGCCAAUCCUUAAAGGUAUUGAAAUUUUUUCAAAUAACCACAGCAACAGAGCCAUUGCAUUCUCAGAAGAAAGUCGUAAUGCCAAAUCGUCUUCAUCAAUCCAAGAUGAGUCAUUGCCAUCCCUUGGUAUGAAUUCCUACGAUCUAAAUUUAAAUAGUGAAGAAUCCAGUGGUAAUUUAUCAAAGAGACCAAUGGGUGUGAAAAAAGCAAAGAAAAAGCAACAGUCUGAUGAACAAUUUAAACAAAUGAUGGAGCAAAAUGAUAAGCUUCUAAAAGCUAUGGUUAAAGGUACUUCUGAAAGAAACAAAAUUAAAAGACAGAAAAUAGUUACAAAGAAAGAAACAUGA